AUGAUAAUAUUGAUAAAAUCGAUCAAGAAUCCAACACAUAGCACAAGGAUGGCGCUGCCACGUCCAAACAGAUCAAUCACCAUACCAGCAUUUAAUUACUUGCCACCAAUAACAGACAAUCAACGAUCUGUCGCCAAGACAUUGUUUGUCAACGUCGCCAAGAAGCGCCAGGCAUCAGUGGCACGCUUCUUAUUCAUUGAUCGUGCGUACUUCCCGCAAGGCACUGGUUUGCUGCGACCUGGAUUGAUCCCAGAUCACUAUAAAGAAGUGGUAUUUGGAUAUGGAUUCAAUCGCCCUCUCAUUGAUGGACUGCUUCCCGCUGGUCUGAUCAAACUGACGUUUGGAGAGACAUUCAACAAGGAGUUGGUAGCGAGUCACCUACCGAGGGGACUUCAGAAGAUUGACAUGGGCAACAACUUCAAUCAAGUCUUGCACCCUGGGGUCCUACCACCAGCCCUCACCAAGCUGAGCUUUGGACGACACUUUAACAAACAAUUGCUAAUCGGAUCAUUGCCCCUCUCGCUCAACAAGCUUACCUUUGGAUGGUACUUCAAUCAACAGUUGGAGAUGGGCGUGCUACCUGCUAGACUCAGAGUGGUGACCUUUGGCAAGAACUUCAAUCAGCCAAUAGUGCCACUGGUGUUCCCAUCAUCACUUACCAAACUCACGUUUGGAUACUCCUUCAACUUCCAGAUCACGCCCAUGUCUUUACCUCCCGCUAUCACUCAUUUAUCUUUCGGAAGAUUGUUCCAACAGACGAUCACGCCUGGCACUCUUCCCUCUGCUCUCUCCCAGCUCACAUUGGACUAUCUCUAUUCACAGCGUAUAUAUGAUGUUCCGGCCAAGCUCACCUGCCUCAACAUCACGAUAGAACAUUGUUACGCGUCUUUCAUCAAACAUUACAAUAUGCCAUAUCACCCAUUAAUACCUGCAUAUCGACUUGUACAUCGUGCUGGUGGGCAUAUCAAUGUUAGGAUGGUGUCCAGUGACUACUGUCUAGUUGUGGAUCAGAACUUUGAAGGAGGAUUUCACAGGAAGGACAUGUUGCCUUUGAACAAACAUCUCAACAACAAUACACUGGCUGCAGCAUGUGCCACUUCAACAAUCAACAAAAAUCAAAGACGAGGUCCACUCAUCACAUUAUCCAUCAAAAAGAAGAAGAAGAAGACGACCAAUACUGGACAAAAGUUGAAGAAACCUUUAUUAAUUAUUAGAUUGUUUAGAAGAUUGGUAAAGUGA